UUAAAUGAAAAUAAAACCAUCAUUGUUCACCGAUUCUUCGCUUCUUCAGGAAAACAUCCUCUUCCCAAGAAUUCCUCUUUCGUUUUAAGGUUAGGGUUUCGUCUCUACAAUUCAUCGAAUAUUUCCAUUAUUGUACGGAGAAAGUCAUGGGAGCUGAAGGAGAUUCAAGCGAAACCAUCAAUAUUGCUUCAGAAGAAGUUUCUGUCAACAUUCGAUGUUCUAAUGGCACCAAAUUCACCGUGAAAACGACACUUGAUUCGAAUGUCGGGACUUUCAAAUCACUCGUCGCACAAAAUUGCGAUGUUCCUGCUGAACAACAGAGGUUGAUCUACAAAGGUCGGAUUCUUAAAGACGACCAAACCCUAGAAAGUUACGGAUUACAAUCUGAUCAUACUAUCCACAUGGUUCGUGGUUUUGCUGCAUCUCCAUCAACUGCUCCUGCAACUACGAAUUCUGUGGCUUCUGAUACUACUCCCACUGCUACUCCUAUUGUGGCCCCAACAGAAAGUGGAGGCUUAGGGGGUGCUGGUCUUGGGGCAUCCUUGUUUCCUGGGCUUGGUCUGGGUGGUCUUGGUGGGACUGGGGCUCCUGGUUUGCUUGGAGCUGGACUUCCAGAUUUUGAACAGAUGCAGCAGCAACUGACCCAAAACCCAAAUAUGAUGAGGGAAAUUAUGAACAUGCCUGCCAUUCAGAGUCUGAUGAAUAAUCCUGACAUUAUGCGAAACUUGAUUAUGAGCAAUCCUCAAAUGCGUGAGAUAAUUGAUCGGAAUCCGGAGCUGGGCCAUAUAUUGAAUGACCCCAGUAUUCUAAGGCAGACGCUAGAAACUGCUAGGAAUCCUGAGCUUAUGCGUGAGAUGAUGCGAAACACUGACCGAGCUAUGAGCAACAUUGAAUCAUCUCCUGAAGGUUUUAACAUGCUGAGACGCAUGUAUGAGAAUGUACAGGAACCAUUUCUGAAUGCCACCACAAUGGCUGGGGCUGAUGCAGGAAAUAAUAUGGGUUCAAACCCGUUGGCUGCCCUUUUGGGAAAUCAGGGUGCUAUUGGUGGCCAGCAUAGAGAUGGUUCAAAUCCAUCAACCACUGGGUCUGAAUCUGCAUCUCCAAAUACUAAUCCACUUCCAAAUCCUUGGAAUGCCGGAGGAGGUACACAGACAAACAGUGCUCCCAGGGUAAAUCCUUCUGGUGAUACAAGGCCUCCUCCUCUAGGUGGUUUAGGUAGUCUUCCUGAAUUGGAUCGAAUGCUUGGGGGACUUCCAGAUGCAUCAAUGAUGACUCAGAUGAUGCAAAAUCCUGCAAUCUCACAGAUGAUGCAAAGUAUGCUAUCCAACCCACAAUAUAUGAAUCAGAUGCUUAAUAUGAAUCCACAGUUGCGUGCUUUGACUGAUUCAAACCCUCAAAUUCGAGAAAUGUUGCAGAACUCUGAUGUUCUUCGUCAGUUAGCUUCUCCUGAGAUGAUGCAGCAAAUGCUUACUUUGCAGCAGUCACUUCUGUCUGGAAUGAACCGCCCUCAGGCAAACCAAGAUCAAUCACCUAAUGCGGGUGCUGCAGGAAAUGCAAACAAUUUGGGGCUGGAUAUGUUAAUGAAUAUGUUUGGUGGUCUUGGAGCUGGCGGUUUAACCACACCAGAGAAUUCAAAUGUCCCACCUGAAGAACUCUAUGCAACUCAAUUAACUCAACUUCAAGAAAUGGGAUUUUUUGACACCGCAGAGAAUAUUAGGGCUCUACAAGCUACUCGUGGUAAUGUCCAUGCUGCAGUAGAGCGACUUUUGGGUAAUAUGGGUCAGUGAUAGUAUUAUUCGGAUGAUUGUUUUGAACAAGUUUACCCAAGGAGUCUUGUGUAUCUAGUAAGAUUUGAUGCUCCCAGUCUCACAGAAGAUUGUUAAACCACAUAGCUCGGGAACCGUGAUUACAUUUUGGGCGUGUGAAUAAACAAAAAGACAGUGCCGCGCAAUGUGAUAGAGUUAUGGUUUCGUUUCUGGUUAUAGGCUCAUAUCUCACUCCUGACAUUAGACUCCUCGUUCUCUUAUCCCCUCCCUCACCCAAACCCCACUGCCGUCCUUAAAUUUAUGUACAUACAUAAUUUAAUUUUAAUUUGUGGAAUGUUUGAUUUGAU